ACUAAAUACUCAUGUCGAAAUUUAAAAAAAAAAUAAAUUAUAAGAUCAACUCACAUGAAAAAAUCACAGCAUAAAAAUCUCACAAGACUCAGCAGCCCAUUUUGUAAUUUUGUAUUUCAUUGAACCCUAUAAAAGUCUCUCCCUUUCUACCUUGUCACAAUUUUCUCUCUCUUACCCAUUUCAUCAUCUCAUCCUUCUCACUUAACUUUCUCUCUCUUUCAUUACAUGGGCUAUGGGCUUCUCUAAUGCCACCUUAGACACCAACAAUCACAACAACAACAACAACAACAACAACAGUUACAAUUUCAUGUCCUCUUUCACCGACCUCCUCAACUCCGGCGCCGCCGCCGUCUCCUCCGACAACUCCAGCCUCACCGCCGCCAAUCGGAGCUUAUCCGAUCGCAUCGCUGAUCGAACUGGGUCGGGUAUUCCCAAAUUCAAGUCGUUACCACCUCCUUCGAUACCCAUCUCACCUCCUCCCAUUUCACCUUCUUCUUACUUUGCUAUUCCUCCUGGUUUGAGUCCUACUGAUCUCUUAGACUCCCCUGUUCUUCUCUCUUCUUCUAAUGUGUUACCAUCUCCAACAACUGGCGCUUUUGCUGCCAACUGGAAAUCUUAUUGCAGCAACGUUACCAACAACACCAACAACAAACAGGAAGAUGUGAACAACAAUUAUUCAGAUUUUACAUUUCAAACCCAAAUGAAGCCUAUUGAUGACGUUUCAUCUACUAUGUUUCAAUCUUCAAUGCCUUCGUUUAUUAAUGAACAGGCUAUAAGAGGAAGGGAAAACCAACAACCACCACCACUAACCCAACAACAAUCAUGGAAUUUUGGAGAUCAAAACAAGCAAAACAAUGAGCAAUCAUCGAAUUCGAUUACAACGAUGGUGAAAUCGGAGUAUCCUAGUGAGAGUUACAAUCAGGGAAACGUUGUUCAAUAUGAAGGUGAACAAAAUCCAUCAUUCCAACCAGCUCAAUAUAUAAGAGAACAAAGAAAAUCAGAAGAUGGGUAUAAUUGGAGAAAAUAUGGGCAAAAACAGGUAAAAGGGAGUGAAAAUCCAAGGAGUUAUUACAAGUGUACAUUCCCAAAUUGUCCAAUGAAGAAGAAGAUUGAAAGGGGAAUUGAUGGUCAAAUUACUGAGAUUGUUUAUAAGGGUACUCAUAAUCAUCCUAAGCCUGUUAAUACCAGAAGAUCCUCUGCUUCUGCUGUUUCUGCAGCUUUUCAGCAGGGUUCUGUUCCUCAAUCAUCCAAUGAUUACCAUGAUCAUUCAUUUGGUCCACAGAAAUCAUCAUCGGGACAGAUGGACUCCGUUGCUACACCGGAGAAUUCGUCGAUUUCGAUGGCUGAUGAUGAGGUGGGUUCUCAGAGGAGUAGAUCAGCUGGGACUGAUCUUGAUGAUGUUGAUCAACCUGAGGCUAAAAGAUGGAGAGGGGAAGUGGAGAAUGAAUGUAUGUCAGCAGCACCAGGGAGUAGAGCAGUGAGAGAGCCGAGAGUAGUAGUUCAAACAACAAGUGAUAUUGAUAUCUUGGAUGAUGGAUAUAGGUGGAGGAAAUAUGGUCAGAAAGUUGUCAAGGGAAAUCCAAAUCCAAGGAGCUACUACAAGUGCACUCACCCCAAUUGCCCGGUGAGGAAACACGUGGAACGGGCAGCUCAUGAUCUGAGGGCAGUGAUCACAACCUAUGAAGGAAAGCACAAUCAUGACGUUCCUGCUGCUCGUGGCAGUGGAAUGAGCAGGGCAGUCGCGCCUCCUAACAAUGGUGCAGUGCCCGCUAUGGCUAUAAGGCCAUCGGCUGUGAACUAUAUGAGUUCGAAUGCAGGCAACAGCCACUCUUACCAGACUAAUCAAGUAAUGCCCUCAUCUUUCGAAGGUGCUGGACCAUUAUCUCCCUUUACAUUACAGCUGCUGCAGAACACUGGGAAUUUCGGGUUCUCAGGGUACUUAAAUCAACCUCAAUACUCAGACAAUAACAUGUUUUCUGGUAAUACUACAACAGCAACAACUACUACUACUGCUAGAGCCAAGGAGGAACCAAAAGAAGACGUGCUUUUUGAGUCGUUGCAUUGCUGAAAGAUUAUACAGUAUAUUUUGCCUCUUAGUUUUUUAGGGGGUCAGAGGAAAUUUUUACUAAGAGGAAAUUAGUAGUAUUAGUUUUUACUGACAAAAAAAAGAUCAAGAUUCAUUUGUUUAUUGUAUUCAACAUGGUUGGUUUGUUUAUUUGUUUAUAUAGGAGUGUACACAGAAAUGACAUACAGGAGUUUAGGCCAAAAAUGCCUUAUUGUAUAUUGUAUACAUGAAAUUGUAUGUAUAAACAGGAUUGAUUUUAGUACUUUUUUUCA